GGAUAACUCCAUUUUGGAAAACAGCUGUUUGAAGACACAACCUUUCUCUCGUUGUUUGCAGACGGUACCCUGAGAAAAAACCACACAACCCCGGCUUCUUCUAACACACUUACCUCUCACCACCACUGGGCUUUUUUUUUUUUAUUAUCCACACCAGCGUGCUCCAGUUUUCAGCCCGGCUCGGCUCGCUCUGCUGUGCGCCUGCCAGGAAACUUAACUGGGGGUAUCCAUGGUGCUCGGUUUCCAUCGUAACAAGUGGAUAACAGGAGGCGACCCAACCAAGGUGUAAUGAGAGCGCUGGUCAUGGACAGAUGAUGGACGUGGAGACGUCGUACUCAGACUUCAUCAACUGUGAUCGCACAGGCCGCAGGAACGCAGUGCCCGACAUCGCAGGGGAGGGAGAGGGAGAAGGAGCGGCCAGCACCAGUGAACUCACCAAAGACCUGGCAGAGAUGGACCUGAAGGCUGCAGAAGGAGUCCCAGGGGCCUCCCCAGCCCCUGAGGCGGAGGGCUCCACCAGCCAAGACGCCCAGGGAGGUGGAGGCCCGUCCUAAACUCAGCCAGAGACCGAAGGGGGGGCAGAGCCAAGGAGUGAGAAGUAGAGAGAAGUGAAAGUGGUGAGACAUGGAGAAAGGAAAGAGAGAGUGUAUAUUGGCUGUCCUAACUGGACGCGAGGACACCUUCGCUCACUGCCAGCCCGUUUGGAGCUCCAGCAGCCCAAAUGUUCGCCUUUUCAUUGGAUCAGAUUGUAACACGCGGAGCAGAGCAGAGUAGAACUGACAAUUGAGAUGCUGCUCUUUUGCUUCGUUCUCUGUUAAGUCAUUUAUAUUCCCGACGAGACAAGAAAGCACAGAAACUCUGGAUUUGUGUCUGUGGAGAUGGACUGAGCUGAACAGAAUCCAUUUAUAACACUCAAAACAUUGUUCCAGCCUCGUACGGAGCUGUGUCACGGAGGGCGUAUUCAUAAUCAUCCGUUUGUCAUUUUCUUUCUAUGUAUGCGCGUGUGUUCGUGACCCUUUCAUCGUCAAGUCCUUUUCUUUUUUUUUUCAAGUAACAAAACAUAGUCGCCAUUAUACUGUCGUGUACGAACUUCAUAUUUAUUGCUUAAUGUUCAGUGAUAACUUUGUGAUAGCAAUUUUCUUUGUGUAAUAAAAUACUUAUGACUUACUGUAA